AUGCUACCAAGUUCUGUUACUUUCUGUUUUUUCACUUUUCAAUGUUGUCAAUUAAAAUUGAAAUAUUGCGAAAGAAGGUCCGUUUUGAAAUUCUAUGUAUCACAACAAUUAAAUAACAAAUACAGAGUGUCGACCCAACUAAGAAGAAUAAUUAUCACGAUGCAACGAGAUCUAACACCCCUACAGGAAAAUGUACUUGAGAAAUACAGAAUUCUGUCACAAUCGCUACAGUCUUUGGACAAUACGAUCCGCGAACUAAAUAACACUAAAGAAGAUCGAACAAACGCGUCACCAGAGGCUGUCUUACAAGAAAUGAGGGACAUCGAGAUUAAAUUGGGACUCGUAGGAACUUUACUAAAGGGAAGUGUAUACUCUCUGAUACUCCAGAAGAAAAAUGAGUUGGCAUUGGCCAAGGACAGCCCUUCGGUGUAG